CGGGGCGCACGGCGGUUCUCACGAGGCGGCGGCGGCGGUAUGGCCGAGCCGGGGGCCGGCGCGGGCCGCUUCAAGGCCAACUACGCGGUGGAGCGCAAGAUCGAGCCUUUCUACAAGGGCGGGAAGGUGCAGCUGGACGGGACGGGGCAGCACCUGUUCUGCGUCUGCGGGACAAGAGUCAACGUCCUGGACGUGGCCUCGGGGGCCGUGCUGCGGGGGCUGGAGCAGGAGGACCAGGAGGACAUUACCGCCUUUGACCUCAGCCCCGAUGAUCAGGUGCUGGUGACGGCCAGCCGAGCACUGCUGCUGGCCCAGUGGGCGUGGCGAGAGGGCAGAGUGGUCCGCUUGUGGAAGGCCCUGCACACCGCCCCUGUGGCCAGCAUGGCCUUCGACCCCACCUCCACACUGCUGGCCACAGGUGGCUGUGACGGGGCCGUGAGGGUCUGGGACGUCGUCUGGCAAUACGGAACACAUCACUUUCGGGGUUCCCCUGGCGUGGUGCACCUGGUGGCCUUCCACCCAGACCCCACGCGCCUGCUGCUCCUCUCCUCGGCCGCCGACGCCACCAUCCGCGUGUGGUGCCUGCAGGGCCGCGCUUGCCUGGCCACGCUCUCCGCCCACUACAGUGCCGUCACCUCCCUGAGCUUCAGUGCCGAUGGCCACAGCGUGCUCAGCUCAGGCCGUGACAAAAUCUGUGUCGUGUGGGACCUGCGGAGCUACCAGGCCACCAGGACCGUGCCUGUGUUUGAGACUGUGGAGGCAGCUGUGCUGCUGCCGGACGGGCCGGCCCCGGAGCUGGGCGUGACGUCCACCGGCCUGCACUUCUUGACCGCGGGUGACCAAGGCGUGUUGCGCGUGUGGGAGGCGGCGUCUGGGCGGUGUGUGCACACGCAGGUCCGGGCCGCGGGCCCUGGGCAGGUGCUGACUCACUGCGUCCUGGCCCCUGCCGCGGGCCUGCUGCUGGGCGCCACUGCCGACCACGACCUGCUGCUCUACGAGGCCGGGUCCCUGAGACUGCAGAAGCAGUUCGCUGGCUACAAUGAGGAGGUGCUGGACGUGCGCUUCCUGGGGCCCGAGGACACUCACAUCGUGGUGGCCUCCAACAGCCCCUGCCUCAAGGUGUUCGAGCUGCGGACCUCGGCCUGCCAGAUCCUACACGGCCACACGGACAUCGUGCUGGCUGUGGAUGUGUUCCGGAAGGGGUGGCUCUUUGCCAGCUGUGCCAAGGAUCAGAGUAUCCGUGUCUGGAGGAUGGACAGAGCCGGCCGCGUGGCCUGUGUGGCACAGGGCUCUGGGCACACGCACAGCGUGGGCACCAUCUGCUGCUCCAGGCUGAAGGAGUCCUUCUUGGUGACGGGCAGCCAGGACUGCACCGUGAAGCUCUGGCCCCUCCCGGAAGCCCUGCUGUCCCGGGGUACAGCCAAGGAGGGCAGCCCCAUCCCGCUGCAGGCCCAGGCCACACAGCGCUGCCACGCCAAGGACAUCAACAGUGUGGCCGUGGCCCCCAACGACAAGCUGUUGGCCACGGGCUCCCAGGACCGCACGGCCCGGCUCUGGGCCCUGCCGCAGUGCCAGUUACUGGGAGUCUUCUCGGGCCACCGGCGGGGCCUCUGGUGUGUCCAGUUCUCCCCCAUGGACCAGGUGCUGGCUACAGCCUCGGCUGACGGCACCGUGAAACUGUGGGCACUGCAGGACUUCAGCUGCCUGAAGACCUUUGAGGGCCACGAUGCCUCUGUGCUGAGGGUGACCUUUGUGAGCCGUGGCACGCAGCUGCUGUCCAGCGGCUCCGACGGACUCUUGAAGCUAUGGACCAUCAAGAACAAUGAGUGUGUGCGCACGCUGGACGCCCACGAGGACAAGGUCUGGGGUCUCCACUGCAGCCGGCUGGACGACCGCGCCCUCACAGGCGCCAGUGACUCCUGCAUCAUCCUCUGGAAGGAUGUGACCGAGGAGGAGCAGGCCCAGGAGCAGGCCGCGCGUGAAGAGCAGCUGCUCAGGCAGCAGGAGCUGGACAACCUGCUCCACGAGCGACGCUUUCUGCGGGCGCUGGGCCUGGCCAUCUCCCUGGACCGACCCCACACCGUGCUGACUGUGAUACAGGCCAUCCGGCGGGACCCCGAGGCCAAUGAGAAGCUGGAGGCCACCGUGCUCCAACUGCGGCGGGACCAGAAAGAGGCCCUGCUGCGCUUCUGCGUCACGUGGAACACCAAUGCGCGGCACUGCCAUGAGGCCCAGGCCGUGCUGGGCACCCUGCUGCGGCACGAGCACCCCGAGGAGCUGCUGGCCUACGAUGGCGUGCGGGCCUCACUGGAGGCGCUGCUGCCCUACACAGAGCGCCACUUCCAGCGGCUCAGCCGGACACUGCAGGCCGCCACCUUCCUGGACUUCCUGUGGCGCAACAUGAAGCUGGCCCCGCUCCCUGCUGGUCCGAGCCUCUGAGGCGCAGACACGGGCCUUGCCAGGGGUCACUGCAGAGGUGGGCCACCCCUGUGUGCUGGCACCGGGCCCAUUAAAGCUCCGGGUGGGGCGCUGCUGC